AUGUGGAAACGAUUUUUAACACUUUUACCUGUAAUUGAAAGUAGUAGCAAUUGUGUAGUAACCACAGUGAGUGUAUUGAAGCAAAUCGUGAACAAGUACUCUGUCGAAUCAACAGCAAAGUUAACGUCUUCAACAAUGAGUGACACGAAAGAAGUUUUAAUGGAGCAAAUAAAGCAGCAAGGCGACGUAGUGCGCCAAUUAAAAGCUGCCAAAGGCCCCAAAGAUCGCAUUGACGAGGAAGUUGCCAAAUUAUUGGCUUUGAAAGCCAAAUUGGGGGAUGGAAAUGCAUCAGCAGCUCCUCAAAAGUUUGUCUUAAAAACUCCAAAAGGUACUCGUGACUAUAAUCCUCAACAAAUGGCUUUGCGUCUUGGAGUACUGGAGAAAAUAAUCAACGUUUUCAAGAAGCAUGGUGCUGAAACAAUUGACACUCCAGUGUUCGAGCUAAAGGAUGUGUUGACUGGCAAAUACGGAGAAGAUUCCAAGUUGAUUUACGACUUAAAGGAUCAAGGAGGGGAGAUUUUAGCCUUGCGUUACGAUUUGACCGUACCAUUGGCACGUUUCCUGGCAUGCGGAAAAAUAAGCAACAUCAAAAGGUACCACAUCGCCAAAGUGUAUCGACGUGACAAUCCGGCAAUGACUCGUGGACGAUAUCGCGAGUUUUAUCAAUGUGACUUUGAUAUCGCUGGCGUGUACGAUCCCAUGAUACCAGAUGCCGAAUGUGUUAAAGUGGUCUCGGAAAUAUUGUCUUCUCUUGAUAUUGGAGAGUUUGUCAUAAAACUAAAUCAUCGUAAGUUGCUUGAUGGUAUAUUUGAAGCAUGCGGUGUGUCCAGCGACAAAUUCCGAACAAUAUGUUCAUCAGUUGAUAAGCUAGACAAAUCUCCCUGGUCUGAGGUAAAAGCUGAGAUGAUUAAUGAGAAAGGCCUUGAAGAAGAAAAGGCCGAUAAAAUUGGAGAAUUUGUUUGCUUGAAUGGUGGUAUUGAGCUAGUCGAGCAACUUUUGAAAGAUUCGCGACUUGCCAAUGUCAAAUCGGCGGUUGAGGGUUUGGAAGAUAUGCGGCUAUUGAUUAAAUAUUGUGGACUUUUUGGCGUCGACAAGCAAAUCCUCUUUGAUUUGAGUCUAGCUCGUGGCUUAGAUUACUACACAGGCGUUAUUUAUGAGGCUGUUUUGAAAUCCGAUGUCCCUGUUAAGAGUGCCUCUGGUAAUGAAGAAUGUGGCAUUAUUGGUUCUGUUGCUGGCGGCGGCCGAUACGAUAAUUUGGUUGGUAUGUUUGACCAAAAGAAACGCCAAGUACCCUGUGUAGGAGUCUCAAUUGGUGUUGAACGUGUGUUCUCCGUUCUGGAAGCCAAAUAUGCAAAAGAUGGUUAUAAAAUUCGUACUACAGAGGUAGAUGUUUAUGUUGCGUCCGCUCAUAAGGGUCUUCAUGAGAAGCGAUUGGAAAUCUUGACGCGUCUGUGGGAUGGAAAUAUCAAAGCAGAGCACUCGUAUAAACAAAACCCAAAACUUCUUGCGCAGUUGCAACAUUGUGAAGAGAACAAGAUCCCGUAUGCCGUAAUUUUAGGUGAUUCGGAACUUGAAAGAGGAGUUGUCAAGUUGAGAGACGUUCAAACAAGGAACGAAGAGGAGCUUCCGAUUGAGAACCUAGCUAUUGAGUUAAAAGCGCGCUUGAAAGUUCUCAAUAGUUGAUUGAGAGAUUCUUGAUAAUAUUGGAGACACAAUGAAAAAUAAUAAAUUAUUGUCAUAUUUAGGUAUCCAUAAAAUAAAUUUAUUCUUAUUUUUCAUGAA